UGAGAGAUGGAAGCAAAAAUGGAGAGCUUUCCGGUUAUUGACAUGGGGAAACUUAAAACUCAAGAGAGAUCUUCAGCCAUGGACCAAAUAAAAGAUGCUUGUGAGAACUGGGGUUUCUUUCAGUUGGUGAACCAUGGGAUAUCAAAAGAGCUGAUGGACACUGUGGAGAGGCUGACAAAAGAGCACUACAAGAAGUGUAUGGAAGAAAGGUUCAAUGAGAUGUUGGCUACCAAAGGCUCAGAAUUUGCUCAUCAAUCUGAAAUAAUAAUCAAUGACUUGGACUGGGAAAGCACUUUCUUCCUACGCCAUCUUCCCCACUCCAACAUCGCAGAGAUCCCUGAUCUUCAUGAUGAUUACAGGAAGGCAAUGAAAGAAUUUGCUACUGAAUUGGAGAAACUAGCAGAGUUACUUUGUGACUUAUUAUGUGAGAAUCUGGGUUUGGAAAAAGGUUACUUAAAGAAGGUAUUCUAUGGGACAAAGGGCCCUAACUUUGGGACCAAAGUGAGUAACUACCCUCCAUGUCCCAAACCAGAACUCUUCAAAGGACUUAGGGCUCACACAGAUGCCGGUGGCAUCAUCCUUCUCUUUCAAGAUCCCAAGGUCAGUGGACUUCAGCUUCUCAAGGAUAAUCACUGGAUUGAUGUCCCUCCAUUGCCCCACGCCAUUGUCGUCAACCUCGGAGAUCAGCUUGAGGUCAUUACAAAUGGAAAAUACAAAAGUGUGAUGCACCGUGUGAUCACUCAAACAGAUGGAAACAGAAUGUCAAUAGCCUCCUUCUACAAUCCAGGAAACGACGCCGUUAUAUCACCAGCUCCAUCCUUGGGGAUGAUGAAGGAAGAUGACAAGAUAAUAAACCAACAAGUUUACCCAAAAUUUAUCUUUGACGAUUACAUGAAGCAUUAUGUUAGCCAUAAAUUCGAUGCUAAAGAACCAAGAUUUGAAGCCAUGAAGGCCAUACCAACUCUGUGAUUCUGCUUGCUUACAGGGAAACAUUAUAUUAUGUCAUCCCAAUACCAUCUUUAGUCUUUGAAAUUUAACUUUGUUUUGGUUUUGAUGGUCUCAAAAUUUAAAACCAGUUGUUUUGGUCCCUAAACUUUGAUUUUAUUUUGGUCUACCUAAAAAUUUCUGGUCAUUUCAAGGAAUAAAACCACUGAUUUCAAAUUUCAGGGAUCAAAAUCAAAACAAGAUCAAAUUUCAGGUACUAGAGAUAAUAUUAACCCUAUAUCAUAUUGUAGAUUCUGUAUGGUUAUAUAUGGAAGUCUAUUGUGGAUGGUGGAAUAUAAUCUACCGACUUUUAUAGGUGAAAAUAAGUUUUGGUGUGAGUGUGAAGCCUUUGUGGUGGUUAUGUUAGUGGCUUGUACUGUACUUAUGUUUGGAAGGUAUAUAUGAUAAUAACUACUAAAGUCUUACCCGUUGUGCAA